AUGUUAAUUUGUGAAUAGUUAGAUUCUAGUGAUAGCGAGAGCUUUGAUAAAUUGAUUGGAAUUAUACAAUAAUUUAAGAUAGAUAAAGAAAUCUUGUAAAAUACUCAUUUUGAAAUUACAGUAAAAAGAAUAAUUAUAUCUUUUCAAGAAAUAUCCAACUGGACUGUUAGAUCUCUCUAAUGAAAUACUUAAUUAUUUAUAAAUUGAAUAACAUUUAUCAGAGAGAGAUUUUUCGAAUCAAUUUCAUACCAUUUCAUUUUUAAAACAUUAUUGUGAUGAAGCAUGUUUAAUUUACACAGUUGUUGAAAAAUACUUAGAAAAACGAUCAAAAGAUAAUUAUAAAGAAGUACUAUAUAAAGAUAGUAUUUAACUAAUGUAAUUAAGAUUAGAGAAAUCAUUUAUAAUAUACUCUUUAAUGUUAGUUUAAUUACAAGAGUAUGUUGAUGAAUUAUCAUUUGAUUUAUUUCUGGAGGGGUAAUUUAAUUUGUUUUCAUUUAAGACUAUAAAAAAAGUUAUAAUUAAAUGCUUAAAUUAAAUUUGCAUCUUUAAGAGUGAGAUAAAAAGAAAUCUUAGAACAUUCCUUACUAUUAAUUGAUGAAUUAAGAGAAAAUAAAUAAAUUCAUAAACAAAAGUAUUCAAGUAGUCAAUCAGUAAUUAAUAAUAAUAAAUCUUUAAUAACUGUUCGUUAAUAAAAAGAAUCUUAAUAAUAAAUAUAUUAAAGUUCACAGAGUCAAUGGAUGUUUACAGAAUUAUAAAACAAUUAAGUUUUUUGUAGAGAAUUGAUACCUAAUUUAAGAUUCAUAAUAAAAAGUUAUGUUAAAUCAUUUUAGAAAAAUAAAGAUGAUAGUCCUAAGAAAUAUAAAAAUUCAUCAAUAUUUGACUUAAAAAAUAGAUUCAGUGUUGGAAGUUAAAGAGUGAGAAAUGGAUUUAUUGAUUUACCAAAUUUAGGACCAAUGGAAAUCUUAAUGAGUACUCAAAUAUUUCCUAAAUAAAAACUAAAUGAUUUUUUUGAUGAUGAAUAAUUAAAACAUACUUAAAUUAUUACAUCCUAAAUUGAUAGUUUGCUUAAUGAAGAACUGCUGAUAAAUUUAACUGGAAUUGAAAUGAUUGAUAUUGAUUCUAAAAGUGAAUCUACCAUUUCAAGAGCUACAAUGUAGCAAGUAUUUAAAUAACAUUGAUAUAAUAUAA